GGCAGAAGAGAGGAGGGGGCGGGUUGAGCAGUCCACUUGCCAAUGGAAGAGCUUCGGUGCUGUCGUGUCCCCUGGGCUCCAUCGGGCUGGGCCAAGCAGUUGGAAGGAAGGAAGGAGUGAACGAUAUCUGUUGAGAGGUGCUGGGGCUCACUGCUUUCCUGAAAGCCGCGCUUUCCAUAUUGGAUAAUUUGCCCAGGAAGAUCUCAAUUCGAAAAAGUUUCUUGGCUGGCCUUGAUCAGGUUCCAGGAAUGGCCAGCAAAGGAGCUGCAGCUUCAGCCUCCACGGAGAACUCCAAUACUGGUGGGACCAGUGGGAAUAGCAGUAAUGGGGACAGUGCCAGUCAGGACAGCACUUUCGAAUGCAACAUCUGUUUGGACACUGCCAAGGAUGCUGUCAUCAGUCUGUGUGGACACCUCUUUUGUUGGCCUUGUUUACAUCAGUGGCUAGAGACCAGGCCAAAUAGGCAAGUAUGUCCAGUAUGUAAAGCAGGGAUCAGCCGAGAUAAAGUUAUCCCACUUUAUGGAAGGGGCAGUACUGGACAACAGGACCCCAGAGAAAAAACACCACCGCGACCUCAGGGGCAGAGACCUGAACCAGAAAAUAGAGGGGGUUUCCAGGGAUUUGGAUUUGGUGAUGGAGGCUUCCAAAUGUCAUUUGGAAUUGGGGCAUUUCCUUUUGGUAUAUUUGCUACAGCGUUCAACAUAAACGACGGUCGGCCACCCCCAGCUGCUCCAGGGACUCCGCAAUAUGUGGAUGAACAGUUCCUAUCCCGUCUUUUCCUGUUUGUGGCCCUGGUCAUCAUGUUCUGGCUUUUGAUCGCUUAAGUUUCCUCCACAGUCUGUAUUGUACAACAGUUUGCCAGUCUCUGAGCUUAUCACAGACUGGUGCUUCUCCUUGGCCAGCUGAAACCUCUUGGUGUCUGGUUCCAUAGAUAACCGCGGGAUCCUGGUAGCCAUGGUGCUGCAACAUAAGAAAGGAAUCUUGCUCAUUUCACCAAAGUUACGGAAUUAACGGUCUGUUUGAAAGAUUUCUCAAGUUCCACCAUGUCUCACACAGAAGGUACCUGGCUGCAACAAUAAACCCAGCUCCCAGGAGGGAGUAUUCUUUGAAAUUUGUGUGCCAAUCGACUAGAACAGGUGCUGACCCUGAAAGGAGAGUGGGUGGCAGGCAUUACAUGGAAACUUUUGAGAUGUAUGCCGUGGAAGGGAGGGAGAUUUCACAGGUCAGGACCGAAUUCCACGCAUUCAUCAGCGUACCACUUGCUCCAAGAAAUCUCUUCUCAUAGUGAACGGAUUGGUAGAGAACAGCUGGCAGAUGUUCUUAGAGGUGUUCUGUUUCUGCUGUUCUAUUACUCUCCUUGAGAGUAAUGUUUUGUCACUCUGUCUCCCUUGAAGAUGACUUUGAAGCCAAGAGGAUCAAAGAUUUUUCAGCCAUAAAACUGGAGUAUCUUCAUUUUCUGGAGCCAGAUGGCUUUCUUAUCUCAGGGUGGAACUGUGGGACACUAGAAAGGCCAUUCAGUGGUUGUUACUCAGCACAUUUCCUUAUCAACAAAAGCAGUGUUGUUUUCUUACAGUUUGUAUAGCAGCCUACAACACUUUACUUGGGAUUGACACAAUUCUGGAUACUGUAGGUUAGUAUGCUCAUUCAUCCUUCCUGAGAUGUACCAAAAAAGCCCUCCCCACUUUUUGAUGCAGCUCAGGAGGAGUGGAAGGCACUCUCUGUUUUUUACUCAUUUCCCCUGCCCUGCUGCUAAAGCGAUUAUAAUUUUUGGUAGUACAAGAAGGGGAAUUGUUCUCAAUCAUGGUUUGUAUAGAAUCUCCAACUGAUAGCUGUUAGUGUAUGAGCUUUUCCAAAUUGCCAAAGGUGUUCCUUUGAAAGGUGGGCACAAUCCAGCAGGAUACUUCCCUGUGCCAGUCCUGAUGACAUAGAGGGAAUAGUUUCCUUCUGGAUAGUGCCUAAGAGAGGGCUGUUCUGGGAACUGUAUAUAAGGAUUUCUUUUUGAGAGAGAGAUAGAAGAAAAAGAGGGAUAUCAAGCUUUACAUAGUGUUGCUGCUGAAUCAUCUAAUCUAUGAGACCUACACAUAUACAAGAGAUUUCUCAGUUCGGUGACACCUGACUUUCUUGUAAAGAAGAAGGAUGUCUCUAAAACAAUUAUACCAUUUUAAUUUUGCAGUGUUUUUAAUUUUUCCUUUGUUUGCUUACAGGCAAAGACUUGUGGUAGCUUUUUAGGAGUUCCAUAACAAAUUGUGAUUUCAACAUUGAAUGGAAUAAACUACCGGGGUGGGGAGUGUUUUUCUCAGGUCUUAUGCUGUGCCUGGGAGGCGUGCUUCAAAAUAUCAUAUUAGUGCCACUUUUCUCAAAAUAAUGGAAGAGAAAGGGAGCGGGGUUGAGAUUUGUUCCGUCCCGACACCUUGAAAGCCUGACCAGUAGAAUUUCAUCUAUUAGAUAAUCCUUCAGUGUUCACAUACGCAAUAAAAGCAGUUUGCGUGAUUCUCUGAAGAGGCAGUCAUGCUAGGAGCUUUUCCCUCCUUUUACAUCAACAUUCUUCUAUUGCGAUUCGCAAAAAGGGUUCAAAGGGACAACUAUGUUUCCAAACCAGGAAUUCUUCCAAAGCAAACUGUAAUAAACGAAUGGCCUCAUAGAUCCUAUAUAUGGCUUAUUAUUAAUAAGGGAAAGUUAACUUGUAUUGCUGCAUACCAUGGGAAUUUCUGAUACUACUUUUCUCUGUUUACUGCUUGGAGAAACUGAACACUGUGGAAAUGAAAUGAUACUUCCAAAAUAUUUUAGUGAAAGUCCUGAUCAAAAAGUCAAAUUUAUUGUAAGACAAAACAAAAAAAUGAUUGUAAAAGGUUCAGUGGUUGUGGAUUUAAACGGUAUUAAAACAGAUAUAACUGGCUUGGGAUUCCUUUAAAAUAUAGAGUUGCUGUCUGUGCUGACCAGGGUGUAUAGAUGGAGGAGACUGCAGAGUACUUGACUGAUCCUCAGAAUAUUGUUGUGAUUUUAACCAGCUCAGGCUGUCUGUGGUCUCUAUAUUUUAUGUGCAAACUGUCAUGUGGCCUCUUGAAAGGUUAGCAGGUUAAUGAUUCUAUAAACUGUCUUGGACUUGAACCCCUUUCAGGCUGCUUUUGCCAAAGUGGGCUCCAGGCCAUGAAGGGGCUUCUGCCACUCACUAUUCACCUUCAAAAUGGCACCAAAGUCUACUGUUCUCAGUGAAGCAGCAGCCCCACAGUUAUGACUUUUAUCAUGCUCUACUGGUGAUUUGGAACAGUCUUUGAAUUUCUGUUUUGUCUUGCCUUUUCCAUGCAGUGCUUUGGGGGGGGGGGGGCAUCUUAUUAGCUCUCUCCUGGUCUCCUCCUCCCCAAAUCAUGUAUUCAGAUUGCACAUAGCCAGUGGCUGGCAGCUGGUGGCACCGUCAUGAUUCACUAAUUUUCACAGUUGUGAAAGUAAUUUAGAAUAAACAUGUUUUUACAUUA